AUGCCAUUUCAAGGUCUCUGUGGGAGAACUUGCCGGGAGUCCGCAAGUCCAAGCCCGCUGGAGCAGUUCGCUGCCACACUGUCCCAGGGAGUCCGACCUCUGGAUGAAGCAUGUGAGGCAGCCUUCACAAUGUAUACUUUGCCACUGGAGGCCUUCAUGAAACUGUCUGUCGUCAAGGCGCAUGAGGAGCUGCUGCGCAGCGGCGACCUUGUCGAGUUUGAGAAGACUCAUGGACAUGCAGUCUUCGUGUCGCACCAGUGGCUUGCUGAUGAGCAUCCUGACCCAGCCGGGCAGCAGCUGAAAGUUCUGCAGGAUGCUCUCAGAAACAUGUUGUCUGGCAAGAGCCAGAUCGUCGUUCCGCCGGUUGUUGAAAUCCUUGCGGGGCGCGUCUCUGCGCCAGCAGCAUCGGAACUACGUGCCAAGCCGCUGUUCAUCUGGUACGAUUACUUCUCCUGCCCUCAAUCCUGCGCGGAUAGUCAGGCAUCUGCAAUCAGAAGCAUCAACUCUUACGUGGCUCGCAGUGCGUACUUCAUGGUCUUGUGUCCUGCGCUGAAACACCAGCAGCAUGGAGGAAUCCUGAGCCAGACGACCUGGGGUGGAAGGGGUUGGUGCCGAGCCGAGAGAAUGUCGCGCGAGCUGGGCCACAUUGACAGCAGUCUUAUUGUUGUGGAAAGCGCGACUCACCAGACCCUGCUGCCAGAUUAUUCUUCCUUCUUGUACUCUGUUGGAGAUGGGUCUUUCACUCAUGAGGAAGACCGCCCGCGCGUGAACACCAUCAUCGUGCAGAUGGUCUGGAGUAAGUUGCUGUACUACCUCUCGCAGGGCGAAUUGCACAAUUACCGCUUCCUCUUGAACCAGCAGUCGGUCCGCUUUGCCAAGCUCACUGCUGACCAUAUUGACAUGGCCAUUCCAGGCUUCACCACGGAGGUGGAUCCCUUUGCCGAUCCCGGACGGUUUCUGCUCGCUCGCUUUCUGCAUCAGAAUGGCUUUCGCGGGAUUUUUGACCGCGACAAGGCCGGUUGGUCGCCUCUGUGUUUCGCUGCUAUGGAUGGUCGUCCCUUGCUCAUCACGGCGCUGCUGCAGCAAAGAGCUGAUCCGAACGACAGGACCAGCAAGGCAAAGUUGGAGGCGCUUAUGCCAAAGCACGUGCCGGUUCUAUCCAUCGCAGCGUGCUACAGAAGCAACGAUGCCGUCUCGCUGCUCUUGGCGGCUCGGGCGCGGCCGAACAGUCGGGAUGGCCGGAAAGCCACUGCACUACAUUGGGCAAGCAUCGCGGACAAUGCCGAAGGAAUCCGGCUCCUCUGUCAGGGCGGCGCAGACCUCACGAUGCAGUGCUUUCCCGAGCUUGUGCCGCUCCUGGCGGCAUGCGCAGAGGGGGCCGUGGCUGCGCUGCAGGAGAUCUUGCUUCAGGUGCCCAACCACAGCUUGCAGCAUGGCUUGCACAUCGCCUUCAUCAUGCGCGGAGGUUCACCAAACCUCGUGUCCGCCUUGAUCCAGGGCCGGGCAGACAUCAACGAGCAGUUCGACAUUUGCUGGACAAAGCAGCCAUCCUUGUGGAUACUGUUCAGGGUCGCCCAGAUACGGCGAACCACGCGCGAUUCCCGACUCAGCUUACUCGCCUACCACCAUUCUCGCGCCACGCCCCUGAUGCUGAGCAUCCUCUGCGGCUCCUUCGGCGCUGCCUACGUCUUGCUCGCCGCAGGCGCGCGCGUGGACCUGCGCAACUCGCGCGGGAAGACAGCCCAAGAUCUGGCAAAGGAGGCGUGGGCGUGGGACCCGCGAGCAGAGGGCACGGAGAUGUUUCAUUCACCCGUCGGAAGAUCCGAUGGUGUCUGCGUGGCGGGCAUUUGGACGUGCUUCUUCGUCUAUGGCAUCCUCCAGGAGAGUAUCUUCGUCUACAAAACUGCCGCGGGUGAGAAGUUCAAGCAGACGAUGGUCCUGCUGAUUGUGGAGCACACAGUGCCAGCCCUGGUGGCCCUGGGUAUCAUCAUGUUUGGCCCUGGGCCCAAGAACAAGUGGCUGCCAUACCUCCAGUCGCAGGGCAUCGUUGCUUGGCUUAGGGCAGGGCAGAGAUCCGGUGUUUCAGAGCCGUUCCUCCUGACUCGAGCACCUGGGCCCGGGCUUCUGCCCGAAGCCAACAUGUCCGGGGCCGCCUCGCUUCUCCCGCGCCUGCUGCAAUAUGCGCAGGAGCGGGUGGCCAGCACACGGGCGGAGAUCCUUUCGAACCUCAGGGCAAAGACCGAGCUUCCACUGGUGUUGGAUGUGGCCUUGCCGGGUGCAGCUUACUUCUCUGUCGCAGCUGGAGGGCUGUGUGAUGUUCUGAACUUGUUGGGGGAGGAUGUUGUGAAAGUUGAUCGCUUUGUUGGUGCCAGCGGCGGUGCUUGCAGCCUUUUCCUGAUUCUUGCGAACGACAAGCGAGGAGCCUGUGAGCAAAAUGCCACUCCGGCUGCCCUCUGCCCCAGUGCUGACCUUCUGCUGCAGUCAUACCUCGAGUAUGCCGAGUCGGAGGGUUCCGGCACCGUCCAGCGAUCAUUCAACGCAUUCUGGCAAGCUGUGGCUGGGGUGUCUUCUUUCUGGGAGGACAAGUAUCGAGCCCUUCUUUCUCAAGAGCCUGCCUGGACGGCAAUUCGUUCUCGGGGCUUCUGCGCCGUGGCCGCUCGACCCCUGCGUCAACAGCUUUUCGGGGCUGCACCGUGCGAUGCCUCGUCGUACCGCGCCCAAGGGGACAACUACAUCUUCCACAAUUUUGCAGAGAGGGAGGAGGCUGUUCAGGCAUUUGUUGCCACCGGGGAAGCCACUGCAAAGGGCUUUACCAAGGGCAUCCAAAUUCUGAGCCGUGAUCAGAAAUUCUCCGCGGGGCCAUUAGAGAAGGAGCCAAGCGCUUCUGCGUACAGCCUGCCUGCGAGCUUCUGCGAUGGUGGACGUCCGGCGAUCUUCGAUGUCCUCCAUCAUAAUCGAAGCCCCAGUGGGUACCUUUACUACAACACCUGGUUUGAGAAUGCCUCAGAAGCUGCCUUCUGCACAGCCGAGAGCAUUGAACAUCUCUACAAGCGGGGUGUGGAUCGAACCAUCGACUGCUUGCUCAGCGAGUCCUUGGCAUCUCCGGUGCAGAGCAGCAAAGCAGGCAAAGCAGGCAAAGACAGCAUGGUCCUGGCACUUCCGGGUGCAGAUCCUAUCGCAGAGAUGGCCAAGAUCGGAGUGAAGACUCCUUUGUACGGAGGCUCCUUCGUGAAUCUCACAUCGAGUGAGAUCCGGGAGCAGAAAGCCCUCGCCUGA